AUGAGUGCUAAAGGACUUGGAAUUAUUGAACGUGGUGGCAGCCCACAGGCCGAACAGUCCAAGAAGUCGCCAUUACGACGCGAAGUGAGCGACUCGGACUCGGAUGAGGUGGAUCCGUUGCAAAAGUUGGGAGAUAUCGAGCUACUUCCCGAUCUAUUUGCAUUGCUCCAGAGUCUAGAAAAGGGCGAUGUGCAGCCCAAGGACUUCAACAAUAAUGCUGGAACCAUGAGGCUUAAGGUGAAUAAUGUCCGGCAGUAUUUGCAGGAGGUGGAUGGGAUAUGUGAGACGGUCAAUGAGCGAGAGAAGAAGAUCAAGACAAUUGAAGAAAGUAAUGAGAAGAAGGUGGAGUUUUUGAGUCAGUUUCGUGAGCGGGUGCUUACGGACUUGGGGAAGCUGGGAUAA